AUGGCCAGGCAUAUGGACCCGCCCUUCGAUCCCACGAUUUCCAGCACCUUUAGGUGGGUGCAAUGUGGUGAGAAGGGCUGCGACUCUUGCACGAAGAAUCAGUGUAGCUACAACGUGAAGUAUGUUGAGGGCUCGGAGAUCAAUGGCCAUUUCUUUGAGGAUGUGCUGCAACUGGGUGCUUCUCAACGUGCCAACAAGAAAGGUCCUGUUUGGAUGGGAUGCCACACUAGGGAGACAAAGCUCUUCCGGACACAGGUUCCAGCCGGCAUCACGGGUUUGAACGAGGGUGGCUGGAAUGUGCUUGAGUCUUUGGCGGACGGGCCGAUCGAAAAGGAAGUCUUUGCCUUAUGCCUUGCAGAAACUGGCGGUUCCAUGACCGUGGGUGGGCUGAACAAUACUUGGAUGCCCAGCAGCGAGCCUUUCCAGUGGACUCCGUACAGCAGUGGGUAUCAUUUGGCCCUGAACCAGAUCAGCUUCAACGGCAAAGACUUGUUCGCCGGAAAUCUUGGAGAGUUCAAACUGGACUCUGGCACCAGCUUCAGCUACUUCUCUGGGCAUCAGGUGAUGAAGCUGGAGGAAGCUAUCCGAGAUGCUGCCUCCAAGCGGAAUGUCUCUUGGAGCUCCAUCAGUUGCUUGAAGGCAGGGGAAGAUGAGAUGGACCGCUUCCCGAACAUGACCUUUCACUUUGGCGAUGCAACAUUUGUUUGGCGCGCAAAAGGGUACAUGUUCCGCAAAGAAGCCAACACGUGGUGCUAUGCCUUCUUCACUUCGACCCGUUUCAUCUUGGGUGCAUCCUUCAUGUUGGAUCAUGCCAUCAUUUUCGACAGAGAGGAAAAGAAGAUUGGCUUCGCACCAUCAAGCUGCCCCCACUUUGCCUCUCGGGAUGUGACAUCAGGUGAUCUAGCACCUUAG